UCUUAAAAUAUAAAUGGGCGGGUUAUUGAGUGGCUUUCCCUCUGCGCCGCUGCCAGCAACAAGGUUCGUGUCGGACUUUACAGUGACUUAGAUUACAUGUCGGGAUGUCUCCGUUGGGAAAGCUGCGCGUCGCUGUUAUAGGGGCCGGUGCGGCGGGACUGUGUGCCGCACGCCAUCUCCUCUCUCGCCAGGACAUUUUCGCCCCGCCAGUGGUAUACGAACUGACCAAGCAUAUAGGAGGGACUUGGGUUUAUGAAGAACGGGUGGGAUCCUACGACAACGGCCUGCCCAUUCACAGCAGCAUGUACCGGGACCUUAGUACCAAUAUUCCCAAAGAGGUGAUGUCAUUCCCUGAUUUCCCCUUUGCAAAGCAUCUCCCUUCAUUUGUUCAUCACACAGAGGUGCGGAAAUACCUUGAGCAGUAUUGUGACCAUUUCCGUCUUUGGGACCACAUUCAGUUUGACACCAUGGUGGAUGCAGUGAGCCCAAUAAAAGUUAAGAAUGGAUGGAAAGGUUUGGCUUGGGACGUCACCUCAAGUGAUAUCAGUGAUGGCUUAGACCGGCGCAAAUCCAUCAAGGAAACCUUUGAUGCUGUUAUGGUGUGUAAUGGACAUUUCUAUGACCCAUACAUCCCUAGCAUACCAGGACUGGACAAGUUCAAAGGUGUGCUAAUGCACAGUCAUGAAUAUCGCAGUGCAGAACCCUUUUCCAGGAAGUCAGUGGUGCUCCUGGGGGCUGGUCUUUCUGGGCUGGACCUUGCGAUGGAGCUCUCCAGUGUCAAUGCUAAGGUGAUCCUGAGUCAUGGACAAAACCGCCUGACAGGCCCUCUACCCGCAGGAGUGGAGCAGGCUUGUCCAGUAACCAGAGUCCUGGAGGAUGGCACUCUGGAGUUCCAGGAUGGGAGGCAGGCAACGGCAGAUGUGUUUUUAUUUUGUACGGGCUACAACUUCACCUUCCCUUUCCUGGAUGAGCAGGUGGGCGUGCAGGUGAAAGACCACCUGGUCUUUCCGCUCUACAAGUUUCUGAUGCCUCCUGCCUACCCGUCGCUCUUUGUAGUGGGCAUCUGCCGAGCCAUAUGCCCCUUCCCACACUUCCAUGUUCAGUCCCAGUUCAUCAUCUCUGUGCUCAAUGGAACCUUCCCCCUGCCCUCCUGUGAGGAAAUGGAAAAGGACUUUGAGAUGGAUAUUGCAGCCCGCCGAGCUCGUGGAGUGGCCACCCGGCACAUCCUGAAGCUGGACUCUGAGCAGUGGGCCUACAAUGAGCAUCUAGCCAAACUGGGUGGGUUCCAGCCCCUUCCCCCAUACUGGAGCAACCUAUAUGAGUCUAACAAGGUGUUCCGUGCCCGGCAUAUGCUCAGCUACAAGACAUAUAACUAUACUGUCCUCAAUGAGAAGGAGUGGAUGGUGCAGAAUCUACAAGGUCAACAGCUGCAGAAACCCCAACUUAAACAGAUGUAAUUAGGUUAGCAUGCGACUUUUUCAUAGAAAAUGAAUUCAGUGACUGAUACUUUGAAUUCAAUAUCAAAUUUAUAACAUCAUGCCCAAGUGACCUAAAUUAAAUGACUUUUAUUUCUAAUGAAAUAACCUCUUGUUUCUUCUACUUAACAAAAAUGGUGGUCAUAGUGUACUAAAAACAUUCUCUAUGGUGCUCACUUAACGUAGGCUAGUUAUUCUUUGUACAACCUGUUUCCUUCUGUAAACAAUAAAUGCAUUUCUUUGUCUGGCAGUUUCUGGUGGACAAUUCACCAA